AUGACCGGAACGGUGAUGAAACCGGUGGGAUUCGCCGGCACGGUGGAUAUGUCCAAUCAGCAGACACUAUCUCCGUCAUACGUCAACUCUUUCCGCAUUUCCGCCGUCACUGGCCGAUUACUUGUUCAUCUUCGGGGUGACGCAAAUACGGAUAACACAGAGUUCUUCAAUCUCUGUCUUUCUCUUGCCAGAGGUAUUGACUAUGCUGUUGCUAACAAUGAGAUCCCAGGCAGCGCUCCAGAUUUACCCUAUAUGUUAAAGCAGGUAUGUCAGCGGAAAAAUGAUCUCCAAUUACAAGCAGCUAUUAUGGUGCUGAUGAUCUCCGUAAAGAGUGCAUGCAGUAACGGGUGGUUCAGUGAGAAGGAGAAGGAAGAACUUCAUGUUCUUUCAGAUGAGAUGCAAAGCAGUUUCUGCAGCGUGAGUGUUAAGGAUAUGCAUUCUAAUAUGAAGAACAAAGGGAGCAACUUCCAUACCACAAUCUCCACGGUUAUGACAAGGUUCUAUCCAGGAAUGAAGAUGGGCGAAAUACUUGCUCUUGUUGAGACCACGCCGGGUUAUGAUUCAUAUGUGACCGAUCUGCAUAUCUCAAAGAGUGCAAAAUCUUCUCCUGAUGACAAGAUAUAUUUAUUUGUUGCUCAAACAGAUAAUACAGAGACGUCAUCAUGCAUCAUAAAUCCCCAGCAAGUCAAUAUUUUGUUGAACGGAGAAGGAGUAGAUAGGAGGACUUGUGUUUACAAGGAUCCUGGACCGCAGAUUCCGACACUUGUAACACAUAUGCUUAAAUAUGGAAGCAAUCUUCUUCAAGUAGUGGGCCAGUUUAGUGAGAGAUAUAUUAUAGUAAUUGCUUUCAUGAGCGUGGUUUCAAAUCCCAGCUGUCCUACGAUUCCAGAUUAUAUUCCACCAGCUGCUGCUCUACCUGAUUCAGAUAACGAGAUAGUUGAAGGGCCAUCUAGAAUAUCACUAAAGUGCCCCAUAAGUUUUAGUCGUAUCAAGAUCCCUGUUAAAGGACAUUCAUGCAAACAUCUUCAGUGCUUUGAUUUCAACAAUUAUGUGGGCAUGAACUCGAGAAGACCACUGUGGCGCUGUCCUCAUUGUAGUCAGUCUGUCUGCUUCACUGACAUCCGAAUUGAUCAGAGUAUGGUCAAGGUUCUGAAAGAGGUAGGCGAAGAUGUUUCUUAUGUGAAAAUCUCUUCCGAUGGCUCAUGGGAAGCUGUCACUGAAAGUAACGAGCAUACAAUAAAACCAAAUGAUGCACAACCUUUGCACCAAGAAACGACUAUCCAAAGUGUGGAUGACAUUAUGGACCUUACUGAAGGUGAUAAUGAAGCGGAUACAUGUGAUAGAGAUGAAGACAAAAAGCCGUCUCCAGCUGAGUUUCACGGUGAAUCUAGUAUCUUGAAUUCAACUCCCGUAUCUAUGCACAUAAACAAUGUCCAUGGAAAUAUUGCACCACAUAUGGAAGACGGGUUUUGGAGAGAAUUUUAUUCAUCAACACUUGGAACAAGGACAACUAAUACGAGAUCAGAUGUCAACGAGGUGCGGUCUGUAAGAGAUGCUUUUGCUUCUCUUGACAGAGAAAUCGAGGACCUUCAAAGGAACAACCUCAUUUUCAACUCUUUGACCCCGGGUCAAACAGCUGCAUCCAACAGUAUGGGGUUACAACAAUAUGAAAACUCGAAUAAUACCGGUAAUGGGUAUGUGAGGUACCCAACACCAGCCAACUAUGUAACAAGAACAGCGAUCGCUAUUCAGGCACUUCCAGCUCAGUCUUCUGCAAGGAUUCUUGAAGGGGACAGACAGCAACACCAACAACAGUUUGUAAGAUCUCAUCUAAAUCAGCAUCAAGUGUCGCUUAUGACCUCCGCUCCAUCACCACAGCACAUGGGUUCUCAGAAUCAGGGUCAUCGUGAUCACUCGCAUCUUUUAAGUCAAACAUCCCCACAACUUGGUGGUCGUUCGGCUUCACCUCAACGCUUGAGUGGUGGCCGACAUACUUCACCUCUUCCAACAGAUCGCUUCAACUCACACCAACAGCAAUCUAUGAACCAAAGGACUCCACUUCCGGUGCGACCAUCUUCUCAACCAUCUCCUCAAGUUCGGCUAAUAGGUGCACAUGGUGGUGGGAAUCCCAUGACUAGUCCUGCAAGUAACCAACCCCAGUAUUCAUUGGCUUCUAUUCAAAGAGCUACUAACCAGUUUUUGAGCCGCACACCACCUACUCCAUCUCCAAUCCAGACUUCUGGAUCAUCCGUGCCAGUGACAUCAAUGGGAGAGCAAAGAGGGAAUUCGGUAGAUGCAUCAGGAGAGCAAAACUGGAGGCCAAGUGGACGGAUGCGAGGAAGUUUAUCAGGACGAGCAUACACAGAAGCUCUAAAUCAGUUCAUAAUUCAUCCAAACCAACCGGUUCAAGCAGCUAGACCACCGGUUCUAAACACUCCCAGACCCUUCAUACCACCCCAUCUACAAGUCUUGAUGGCAAAUAACUUAAAAGCUUCUCAAACUCCUGGUGGAUCUAGAGGUCCAGAUGGAAGUGGUGGUGCUGGAUAAAUAAAAUGAAAUGAAGUAUUGGAUGUAUAGAAGAAGAAGAAGAAGCAGAUGAUGCUGAAUCUGGUAUUAUUGUUGUUGUCAAAGUAUUCUGUUAGCAAAUUCCAUCCAAGUAUAUAUAUUUUACGAUCAUGAAUGCUUUUCCUUCUUUUUAAAACAAUUAAUCUGACUUAUUUUUGGUGUAUUUGUGGAGAGAUGAAAAAAACAUGGUCUUAGUUUGGUUUUGUCUUUGAUUGAUUACCUUUCCGGAAAAAUACAAGCCAAAGUGUGGGGAUGUUUGGUUGGUUUUUAUUAAGUUCUGUUUGAUUA